AUGCCACCGCCGGCUUUUGAAUUCCGAGGGAAUCGUGACCGACGGCCACAUCAACCCCGUCAUGAAUUCACAUUUCGCUACGCGCGACCCGCUACAGCGGAGCGGCCGCUUUUAAGAAGGAAGCGAGAAACCACACCCGAACAGCUUGUUGCUCCUACGACAAAUGAGGACCAACCGGCGAUGAAGUUUGCGCCCAUUGAAAACCUCAGCGACAGUGAAGAGGCGGACAUGGAGGUCUCAUCGUCAGACAAUGGCGACGACGCUUCCCACCCUCGCAAGAAGCGCGCGUUGCAAUCCGACCACAAACCUGCCGCGGCACCCUCACCGGCCCCAGCACCCAAGUGGUCAAAUCCGGACCCGUACACCGUCCUACCACCGCCGGAUGAGAGUCAAGCCAAGAAAGUGGACGUGGUGAAAUUGAUCCGCAAGGCGCGCAACGCGGCGAGUGCUCAGCAGCCGGCACAAACGGACGCGGUGGCGGGCAACGAAGACUUCAUAUCGUUUGGUGGCUUGGUCGACGAGGAGAAAGCCCAAUACAAGCCUCCAGAAGGUGCCCCGUCGGGCCCGAGGAGCCAUGGUGAAUCUGCGUUUGGAAACCGAAAGAGGACAUACGACGAUGAGAUGAAGGGGCUUUCCAAGAAGACCGGCAAACCGCUGAGCAAAUACUACUCUGAUGGAUCAAUCAUCGAUGAGUGGAAACGACGCCCCGCUGAGUCGGGAACGCCGUGGUUCAGCCAGACGGAAGCUUCAUUGCAUCUGAGCUCAAGACUACAUAAUGAGAUCCUCGGCUUCUAUCAUUGGGUUAAGCCCGUUCAGUAUGAGCAAAUAGUUCGGGCGGAUCUGGUGUCAAGACUUCAGUCCGCGUUCCAAAGUCGGUAUUAUGGCGUGCAACUUCGUGCGUUCGGCUCAUUCGCUUCUGGACUCUACCUGCCAACCGCCGAUAUAGAUCUGGUUAUGCUCUCAACUAACUUCAUGCGUACCGGGGUCAAGACAUUUGGUGAACGAAAGGGUCAAAUCUACGCCUUCUCUGCGUUUCUCAAAAAUCUAGACAUCGCCGUUCCUAACUCAAUCGAGACCAUCGCACACGCCCGUGUUCCCAUCCUUAAAUUCGUUGAUAAAAUGACAGGGCUGAGGGUCGACCUGUCAUUCGACAACGACAGCGGACUUGUUGCCAACAAUACUUUCCAGCAGUGGAAAUCCGAAUACCCAGCAAUCCCGGUCAUUGUGUCCGUGAUUAAGCAAUUCUUACUGCUUCGCGGCCUCAACGAGGUCCCAACCGGCGGUUUGGGAGGGUUUUCGAUCAUAUGUCUCGUGACAAGUCUUCUGCAGCAUUUGCCACAUGGUCACGCCGCGCCUAACUUGGGCGAUAUCCUCAUGAAAUUCUUUGAAUUCUACGGAAACAUGUUUGAGUAUGAAAAUGUUGGGAUUCGCAUGAAUCCGCCUGGCUACUUUAACAAGAGAGUAUACCAGGUUAAGGGAAACAAUGACCGUCUUUCCAUCGAAGACCCCAACAAUGCAGACAACGACAUAUCCGGUGGAACCCGGGAGAUUGCCCUGAUCUUUAGGUCAUUCUCCGACGCACAUCGACUUCUCAAGGAGCGCAUGGCCUCUAGUGCCUUUUCCGACAAUCCCAGGACCAGCAUCUUGGAGACCAUCAUCGCUGCGAAUUAUGACGAGUAUACUGAGCAAAGGUGGCAGCUACGUGAGAUCUUCCAGACUCAUCCUCGGUUUGCUCAGUAUCAUCAACCGCCCACGCCGCCUCCGCCUCCUCCAGCGUCCCCUCCUCCUCCACCCCCCUUGCCUUCCCAUUCUCCGCCCGCCGCGCAGCCCUCGCAAGAACCUCAAGAGAAGCUGACGAAGCUGCAAAGAAGGCAGCAAGCGUCGCGGGAGCGAGCCACUCGUCUCCGACGAUUGCGACCUGACAUACCUUCUGUCCCAAACACCAUCAGCAACGUGCGGGCCAUGGAACUUGGCGGCUACAAGACCCAGUCUGAAAUGGACAAAGACCUCACAGUCAAAGAGAAAGAACUCAGCUCGUCGAAUCAAGGCUAA